AUGGCGGAAUCGCAGGACCUCAUCGACUUCAACGUCAUCGAGCAGCAAAAGGAGAACAUCCAGGCUCUUCCCAGUGGACGGUCCGCGAAAGCGCUCGCGCAAUUGUACUCUCCACCACUCCUCGGCGCACAACCUUCGCCUGGUCUGCUCAGCGAGGCGCAAGUAAAGGCGCGCACAGACUUCGAAAAGGAACUUGCGACGAUUGACGAAGCCGACGACCCUCUCGAUGUUUACGAUCGCUAUGUCAAAUGGACGCUGGACGCCUUCCCUUCUGCACAAGCCACACCACAAUCACAACUACUGCCUCUGCUGGAGCGCGCGACGAAAGCUUUCCAAUCAGACAAGCACUACAAGAACGAUCCACGAUACUUGAAAAUAUGGCUGCACUACAUUCGUCUCUUUUCGGAUGCGCCGCGCGAAGCCUUUGUUUUCCUGGCGCGACACAACAUUGGAGAGAGUCUGGCACUUUACUACGAGGAGUUCGCAGCAUGGCUGGAGAACCAAGGCCGAUGGAAUCAGGCAGAGGAGAUAUACAAGAUGGGCAUUGAGAAAGAGGCAACUCCUGCUGCACGUUUGACGCGCAAGUUUAGCGACUUUGAACAGCGCCUUGCAGCGCGGCCCCAGGAUGCCGCAGAACCAUCAAGUCCUGCUCUUCCAUCCGUCAGACCAGCACUUGCAGCCAAGCUGGACCCCUUCGCGUCGGCAUCACCAUCACAACCUCAGCAAGGCAGUGGCUCGAAGAAGUCGAAGAGCUCGAAGAUGCAGAUUUUCGCCGACGGUGAUGCGCCAUCUCGACCUGGAUCUGGAAGCAGCGGCACAGGCUGGGACAGUUUUGGAUCACUUUCGAGCAGAAAGAAGGAGAACUCGCACGAGGCAAAGCCAAUGGCCGGUCAAAAGCUCAAGGUGGGCAAGACCAAUGGAGGCAUGGAGAAGCUGGCUAUCUUCAAGGAUCAGUCAUCUCGUACGUCAAUGCCAAAGCAUCUAUCCGACCACACUUCGACUAGUAGUCAUGAGCAGCAAUGUGUUCUCAACGAGAAGACUGGUAGGCUUGAAUGUGUUUUCGUGAAUCUCGAGGCCGUAUACCCGGUAGCUGGCAAUCUUGCUGUCGAAUACUGUUUCGAAGAGCUGCGAGCGAAGCAUCGCGGUUGGCUAAGCAAGAACUGGAAGAAGGAUGAGGCAUCACGACCGAAGAAGACCUCCCGAAGCGAGACUUUCGACAUUCACCUUGACAAUGCGCCUGCUGUCGAACGAUCUUCACGAUCUAAGGAAAACGCGGCAGAAGCACCACCAAAGUCGGAGUCGAAAGACAAAGGCUUCAAGAUCUUUGAAGACGUCCCGGAACACGAAGCAAAGCAUUCAAAGUCUCAUGGCCGGGAGAAUGGACUGGUAGAGAAGUUCACAAAGACCAUGGCAUUGAACGACGACCAAGACGAGAAUACUCCACCCUCGAAGCAAGAGAUCGAUGCAGCGAAGAAAGCCAGACGCGAGGAACGGGCGAACCGUACACGCAAGAUCAAAGUACCGGAAGUCAAGUACAUCAAGAACGAGACGCAAACAAUCAAGCUCAAUAUGGAUUCGCCACAGAAGCCAAAGUUGAAGCGUAAGAAGUCCAUCGGUCCUGCUGAGCCAACGAUGACGAUCAACACGAAGGAGGCCAUGGAAGAGAUCUAUGGCAUCUUCAGCGCCCCACUACCAUCUCAGGACGAGCAGCAGGACGAGGAGGAGGAGUCCGAAAGUGAAAGCGAUGCCGAGACUGACUAUACCACUGGAGACGAAAGUACAGCAACGGGAAAGUUGUCAGCACCUGCCAGCGAAUAUGGCGACGAGACCAGGAACGAAUUGCUCAAAAGCACAAGGACCGACGAUGAUGAUCGUACAGAUGUGAGCGCUUGGUCGGACUUUACGUCAAGCAAGCAUGUGCCGCAAGCAGAAGACACAGACUCUGCACAGACGACAACUCAGGAUGCGUAUCAGGAAGAGCAGCACAAUCAUCACGAUGAGGAUCUAAUAACGCCAGUGGAAGAUGAAAACCCUCGCACACGAUAUGUGCCGAUACCAGAUGAAGAUUACGAGCCGCCCGCCGUCCAUUACCAGGUCUUGCCAAAUCAUCGACUGCCUUUCAUGACGCCUAUUGCUGAGCAAACCGAGUCCUCCCUAGGUGUUGCCACUGCGAGAACGAACAAGGACUACUUUGGUGGCACGAAGACGCCGAGCAGAAAGACUGGUAUGCCUGAGGACAUGGAAGACGAAGAAGAAGACGAGCAGCCUCCCAGCAGUCCAUUCGAAGAUGUGAUUGCUGACAUGGCCGAAGAUAAACGCAGAGUCCUUCAGCCUAUUCGAACCAAAAGUACAAAAGGUGCGAUCACACUUGGGCAAGGCACAGCAAAGGCCCAGACUGAGAAAAAGGAUGAAUGUCCGGCCGCAGAUGCGAUACAAAAAGGCCCUAUUGUGAAAGACUUGCAAUGCAACCCAAUGGACCCUUUCGUACGGCAGACAAUUCUCGAUCAAAUGAGGCCCUCGCUCAGCUCAUUCGAAGGCUACUACGAAGUUCUCGACAUCAGCAGUGGCCGCUCGUCAGAGAUCAAAAAGUACGUCAGAACACUAUCGAAAGCCAGCAGGAAUAGCAUGAACGUCGACAAGACCGCGCAGACGCUCUCAGUCCCGCCUCAAGUUGAUCUACCGGGAGCCCAAGGCACGUACACUAUUAAACGAGAGCUCGGAGCCGGUACUUUCGCUCCAGUAUAUCUUGUUGAGAAUAGUGCCAUUGCUGCCCUCGACGAGGAAGAAGCCGACGAGGAGUUUCCACCCGCUCGCGUUGGCAAAUUGGUGCACCGCAAGGCCCUUGAGGCUAUCAAGAUGGAAGAACCUGCAAGCACAUGGGAAUUCUACAUCCUUCGCCAGUCACACCGUCGUCUGGGAGUUUCUCGCCCAGCAGAGUCCAUCGUCCGCGCCCAUGAAAUGCACCUCUUCCGCGACGAAUGCUUCUUAGUCGAAGAGUACCGCGAUCAAGGCACACUCCUCGACCUCGUCAACACCGCGCGCCUCGAGACUGGCAGUGGUAGCGGUAUGGACGAGAUACUCGCCAUGUUCUUCUCAAUCGAGCUCCUCCGCACAGUCGAAGCCAUGCACGCCAAGAACCUCAUUCACGGCGACCUCAAAGGCGACAAUGUCCUCGUCCGCUUCGAUGAUCCAGGCAUGGAGACAGACUGGAGCCCUACGUACUUUCCCUCCGGUGCACACGGAUGGUCUUCCAAGGGAGUCUGCCUCAUCGACUUCGGUCGCGGAAUCGACAUGAAGCAGUUCCUUCCCAACGUAGCUUUCAUCGCAGACUGGAAGACUUCCGAGGCAGACUGUGCUGAGAUGCGGGAACUUCGUCCCUGGACGUAUCAAAUCGACUACCACGGCCUAGCCGGCAUCAUCCACAGCAUGCUGUUUGGCAAGUACAUGGAAACUGUCGCAGAUAAAACGCAUUCCCUUAGUCAGGGACAGACCAAGACGUACCGCGUUCGGGAGUCUUUCAAGCGGUAUUGGCAAGUGGAGAUCUGGCAGGAGGCCUUCCAAUUGCUGUUGAACCCAUUGGCGCAUCUGGAGCAAGAAGAAGGGCACAAGAUGCCGGUGUUGAGGGGUAUGAGACAGUGCAGGGAGAGGAUGGAGGGGUGGCUGGAGGAGAACUGUGAGAGGGGCGUGGGGUUGAAGGGGAUGAUUGGGAGGAUGGAGGCUGCGAUCAGGGAGAGGAGGAAGAAGGGGGUUAAGUUGUCGCAAUCGCAGUGA